CUCCGUCGUGAGGUGAGGCUGAGGCGGGAGUACCUGUACAGGAAGGCGCAGGAGGACCGGUUGCGAACAAUAGAGGAGAAGAAGCUAAAGCUGAAGGACGCCCUUGACAAAAACGCUCCGCUGCCAUCUGAGGUCCGCAAAGAUGCCCUGGGGCUGCAGAAUUUGGUGGAGUAUGAUGACGAGGGGGCAGAAGGUGUCAGUUCUCACAUGGAUGACGAGUACAAGUGGGCCGGGGUGGAAGAUCCCAAAGUGAUGGUGACCACGUCCAGAGACCCAAGCUCCAGACUCAAGAUGUUUGCUAAGGAGGUGAAGCUGAUGUUUCCUGGAGCCCAGCGCAUGAACAGAGGAAACCAUGAGGUUGCUGCGCUGGUGAGAGCCUGCAAAGCCAACAAUGUGACAGACCUCGUCAUCAUCCAUGAAACCAGAGGACAGCCAGACGGCCUGGUGGUUUGCCACCUACCAUUUGGACCCACAGCCUAUUUCACGCUCUACAACGUGGUGAUGAGGCACGAUGUUCCAAACAUCGGCACCAUGUCGGAGGCCUACCCCCACCUCAUCUUUCACAACUUCUCCUCACGCCUGGGCAAACGGGUGUCGAAUAUCCUGAAGUAUCUGUUCCCGGUCCCCAAGGACGACAGCAGGCGGGUCAUCACCUUCGCCAACCAGGAGGACUUCAUCUCCUUCAGGCAUCACACCUAUAAGAAAACUGACCACAGGAACAUAGAGCUGACAGAAGUGGGACCUAGAUUUGAGAUGAAGUUGUACAUGAUCAAGCUGGGUACCCUGGAGAACGAGAGCACAGCGGAUGUGGAGUGGCGUCAUCACCCGUACACGCACACGGCCAAAAAAAGGAAGUUCCUCAGCGUGGAAUAA